CCGGGCCGGCCGGAGCCGAGCCGAGCCGAGCCGAGCCGAGCCGCGAACCGAGCAGCGAGCGGGGCCGGGUCCCUUCCUCUCUCCCAGUCGCUCUGGUACUUCCUUCCAGUGUGGAAAUUGAUCGGUUGGAGUUAUGCGUUUGACCUGCAAGAGCCACGCUGCCGGUGCUUCGGGGAUCUUGUGAACUGGAACGGGAAAGGAGCCCGCCGGCAGGUGGAAUGGGGCAGCCAUGAACGGCGAUGCCCUGUGCCAGGAGCCCUCCUCCCCGCUCCCCGACUGGAGGGAGUUCUGCAAGCUGCACGCCCAGGCAGCCGCCGUGGACUUCGCCCAGAAGUUCUGCCAGUUCCUGAAGGAGAACCCCCACUACGACACCCCCGGGGCAGAGACCUCCUUCUCCCACCACUUCACCGCCAACUUCCUGGACAUCUUCAGCCUGGAGGUCAGCAGGGUGUUCGUGUCUGACUCGCCCACCAAGUACAACAUCGUGCCCUUCGUGGGGCUGCAGAACUGCCACGUCCCCUACGGGCGGGAGGUCACCCCCAGGAAGGAGGAGACAUCCACGGAGUCUCUGGACAGCAUGGACGCCCCGCUGGGCGCCAGCCGCUACCUGACCCCCGCCCAGCAGGUGCAGGCUCACAAAGUCUCCUCCUACGGGCAGUCCCGCAGCUCAGAGGACGUCUCCAUCCACGCUGCUGCCAAGCCCAAGUUCAAGAAAGGUUUCUCGCUGAGGAACAUGAGCCUGUGCGUGGUGGAUGGCAUGAAGGAGAUGUGGCACCGCAAAUCCUCUCCGGAGCCGGGCGCCGAGGCCGCUCUGGGCGGGCGCAGAGCCGAGAGGGAGCUGUGGCCGGCCGGGGGCAAGGAGCCUGGGGACCCUCGGGAGAAAUGGACACACAAGCUGCGCCUGUCCAAGGUGCCCUCGUCCAAGGUGGAGCUGGUGGACAUCCAGAGGGAGGGGACGCUGCGCUACAUGGUGGCCGAUGACACGAACUGUGUGGGCAGCUCGCAGUGGCAGAAGUGCCGCCUCCUGCUGCGCAAAGCGGUGAAGGUGGAAGGGGAGAGGUUCCUCCUGGAGUUUUAUGUCCCUCCAAAGGCUUCCAAACCCAAGGUGAGCAUCCCGCUGUCGGCCAUCAUUGAGGUGCGCACCACCAUGCCCCUGGAGAUGCCUGACAAAGACAACACCUUUGUCCUAAAGGUGGAGAAUGGGGCCGAGUACAUCCUGGAGACCAUCGACUCCCUGCAGAAGCACUCGUGGGUGGCUGACAUCCAGGACUGCAUCGACCCUGGGGACAGUGGGGACGACAUUGAGCUGGUGUCCUGUGCACAGGGACCCUGUCUGCCAGGCAGGACAACCUCAUCCAGCUGCGAGUUCCUGAAUGAUGAGGCACCCAGGCCACCAGACAGGUGUGCCCUGCCCAGCUCUCACAACGCUGCCAUGGCCACCUCUGUCCCUGUGCCCCCUGGCCGGGGCAGGGACUCCCUGGGGGAGCUCCUCACCCACGUCCCACUGGAAAACUUCCUGCAGACGCUGGAAUCCUCCCCCACUGCUGGUGGGCACCUCACAGGGGAGGACAGCGAGGCCGAGGCUGAGAUCAACCUGUCUGACUUCCCCUGGUUCCACGGGACCCUGUCCCGGAUCAAGGCAGCCCAGCUGGUGCUGUUUGGGGGCGCCCGCAGCCACGGCCUGUUCGUCAUCCGGCAGAGCGAGACACGGCCCGGGGAGUACGUGCUGACCUUCAACUUCCAGGGCAAAGCCAAGCACCUGCGGCUGUCGCUGAACGAGAGCGGGCAGUGCCACGUUCAGCACCUCUGGUUCCAGACCAUCUUUGACAUGCUGCGCCACUUCCACACGCACCCCAUCCCGCUGGAGUCAGGCGGCGCCGCCGACAUCACCCUGCGCAGCUACGUCGUGGCACAGAGCCCGCAGCCAGACACCGGUCCCCCGCCGUCCCUGGUGUCGCAGCCGCCGGGCUGCCGGGUCGAGCUGCCACCUCCACACUACUUCUGCAGCACAGCCCCCCCGGGCCCGCCGGUGCCGCCGCCCGCCGAGGGAGGGGUGCCCGUGGGUGCCCCCGCCGUCCCGGCCCCCGCGCCCUACCACCGCCUGGAGGGUGCCCUGGGCCCCCGCAGCCGCAGCGACAGCGCCGAGCGCCGGCCGGAGCCCUCUGCCGCCGGUGCCGAGGACUACCACGAGGCUGACAGCGCCCGGAGCCGCACCCGGGCCGUGGAAAACCAGUACUCCUUCUACUGAGCCCCCCGGGCAUGGGGGACAGCGGGGCAGCUGUGCCCCUCACCUGCACCGGCCUCGCCACCUCCUCCUGCCACCACCAGCCACCCAGCCGGGAUGGGACGUGCUCCUCGGUCCCUGCUGCUUGUGGGAGCUGUGCCAGGGCUGGGCAAUGCCCUGUGCCAGGGCUGGGCAAUGUCCCUGCUGGACCUGGUGCCAGCCCCGUGGCUGGGGCAGUGCUGGCAGUGUGGGAGGCUGAAAUUCAGAGUCAGUGCCAUUUUGUAGCUUGCAGCCUCUUCUCCUUCCCUCCGGACCAAGAGCUUUCUUUGCCAGGGCUGAGCUGGGCUCCCUGCAGCUCCUCCUGGCUGUGCCCAUUGUGGGAUGGCACCCGAAGCUGUGCCAGGCUCCAUCUUCCAGCCAAGGCACCUUGGCAUGUCCCCUCUGGGGUGAGAGCCCAGCAUGGCCAACAUCCUUGUGGCACCAUCAUCCUGCAAACCAGCUGCCAAGGGACUGGCAUGUUGGGGUGAGCAUGGAAAUGUGUCAGAUGUCCAUGCAGGAACUCUUCUCACACACAUGGAGCACUGAGAGGGCCUGAGGGUUUAUCUGCGCUGGCUUUUGGGCUCCCUCUGGGGCACGUGUUUCCUACCCUCUGACAGAAGAAGGUUUUUACCCAAAGCUUAAUGAAUUGCAUUCAAGGAAGGGUUGUCCUGCUGUCCUGCCUUUUCUGUCCCUUUGUUUCCUUUCUCUCCUUGCUGUACUGACAGAGAAUCCCUGGAUAACCCUUUCAUCCUCCCUUUCUUCCUUGAUUUUUCAAAACCUAAGCUCUCCACAAGGGCAUCAGCCUUUUGCCUGCUCUCUGCCACAGCUGGGCAAUAUUUUCCAUUGCUCAAGGCAAACCUUGGAAAACAUGACACCACCUCCUCUUUACAUCAGUUUUUGGUCAUUUGGGAUGUCUCAGGGGAUCAGGCAGAGAGCAGGGGCUGUGUCCAGAGCUGAGGGACAGCUUUGCUUUGCAGGUAAAAGCAGGUAUUCCUGCCUGGCUGGGCUCCCAGGAAUAAAAACACUACAUUGAUUCUUUUCCAACAGGCCGGGGAAGCCCUGAGGAUGGUUUUACAGGCCAGGUUUGUGCCUCAGGGGGGGUGGGAGACCCUCCAGAAGGGCAGCUU